AUGAUGGCGCCAAGUUCGUCCUUUAUAAACAGAGAACAGCUCUACGGCUAUUCUUCCAAUGUCAGGGGUAGAGUCCUUAAGCAACAUGAGUUACAUGGCGACGGUAAAACAGGCCCCGGCUGCCUGGCGGCUCAUACACAUGUGUCCCAGAAUUCACGCCAAGCCCUUCUCAUAGAGGCUAUUCUUCGCUCUAGAAAGAGCCAAAAGAGGCACUCGCUUGCGCCCGCACAGGCGCUGCUCCGAAGCAAAUGUCCCAACUUCAGCAUAUUGGCCACCCAGAUAACUACAAGAGCAAAUGAGCACCAGUCCACGCAUCACAGUUCUCUCCGACUCGGUUCCGUCCCCUUCAAAAGUCACAGUAGACGAACACCGGCUCAUAUCUACGGCCCGAGUUUCCUGAACGAGUGUUCUCGCCACAUGCUACAUCGGCUUUCGAACUUGAAUAUGCUGCUCAGCACGGGAUCUGCAGCCAGCAGAAACAAAAACUGCACUGAGAGUGAUGUUGCAACACGUGAGGUAGCGCAGAACUGCACAAGACAGCGCAUAACCUAG